AUGGUGGGUAGAGGUGAGGUCAAGGAAGAGGCCGAGGAAGCGGAGGUGAGGCUGCGACGGCGAGAGGAAGAGCAUAAACUAAGGCAAUGCUACGAUGGAGGGUUGGCGGCGAGGCUGCAGUUGCUGCGAAGGAGGAAGGGUGGAGGUGACAGCGAUGAGGCGACUAAAAGAGUUGAGAAGAUCGUGAGAAACCGAGGGGGCAGGGAGAAGGUGGUGGCGUGGGGGAGGGGGAGGGGGAGAGGGGGAGAGAGAGCAUGGGAAGAACGGGGAUGGAGGGAUUUGAUGGGGGCGCAGCCUCCAGGGAGCAGGUGGUGGCGUGGGGGGAAAGGGAGGGGAGGGGGAGAGAAGAGAGGAGAAAAUGGGAAGAAACCGAGGGGAUGGGGGCGAUUGAUGGGGGCACAGAUUACACCUCUACAUUUUGUAGCUAGGGAAAUAGGAGACAAUGAUCUAGAGAGAGUGGAGCUCUCGGAACUCCUAGCAGAAUUCCUAUAUGCUUGCAAAUCGUCUAUCGAAGACUUGACAAAUCAAUGCGAGACUGCGGUUCACAUUGCUAUCAAGAGAGGCAACACCGAAGCAUUCAAGGUUUUGUUUGGAUGGCUUAAGCGAGUUUAUCUAAUAGAAAUCUUAAAUUGGAAAGACCAAAAGGGUGACACUGUCCUACAUAUUGCUGUAUCCAGAGAGCAGCAACCCGAGAUCAUCAAGCUAUUGAUUGGGUAUACAAAUGUUCAUGCGAAGAACUUACAGCAUAAGACGGCUCUGCAAAUCUGCCUAGAGAAUCCUAAUCGCAAUCAAGAUGUUGAGGACAGAUUACGCCAUCAAGAACAUCAAGCAAGACAUUUGGCUCCUACCCUUUCACUAUCACAGUAUUUUAGCAUGGAACUAACCGUGUUCGAGAGGUGUGCAGGGUAUUUUGGCACCCAAAAUGAAAAAGUUCGCAAAAUAGUCCUUAUAGUGUCUACCUUGAUUGUGACUGCCACUUACCAAGCCGCUUUCACUCCUCCGGGAGGAUACUGGCAGGAUUCCUCUUCAAAUAACCCAGCCAAUUCCAGCAGCAUUGCUAUUGGAAAACCACAUCAAGCUGGAAACCUUAUCUUGAGCGGCUCGAAUCUACUGUGUUUUACUAUCCUCAACAGCUUAGUUUUUACCGCCUCCAUCGGCACGGUCUGGGCCACCGCGAUGACACUAUACCCCGACACUUUAAUGGUUUACUUGUCUUUAUGCCUUCUCAGCAUUGCCUACUUUGUUUUUGUUACAAUCGAAAUACCGAAAUCUGAUAUGCUCGUGGUAAAGAUCCUAUUUGGUUUUUAUGAGUGCUCGCUAGUCACCACGUUGCUCCUCCCCGCAUCGGUGUGGUCGAAGCACAACCAAGUUCUGCACAGAAUCGAUGGUACAAGGAGACGCGUCGGCAGCUUGCUAGGAUAGAAGGAUCGGAAAUAAUUCGCAAGUAUUAUUUACUUUAACUAUUUUUUUCGCAUGUGAGGUUUGCAAGAAAUAGACUCUUUUUAUUAGUUGCAUGUAAUGGACUCAUGUAUUAGUUCCUUAAUGCCUAAAGACCUUUAAUCUUUGCGUGAAGUCGGGAUUUGGAUUUCCUAAUACAACUCACGAGGCGAGGUGUUU